GUCAUUUAAAUUGAACUCUGCGUGCUGGAAUCCUUGGCGUACCUCACCCCCACUGUGCGUGGGUAGCAUGUCUUGGUCCCUCCCCCGCCGGGGAGAAGCCAUGCCCAGAUAAAUCACUCCCCCAGCCUGCGAGUCGCCACACUGGGUCCGCACACCCCAGACAGGCGGACCUCCGGAGGCUUGCGCCGCAGCCAACUUCUCUCUUGCACUCGGAAGGAUGUCGGGCAGCGCCGUGGUCGGGCUUCUGGUGGCUCUCUGCAUUGGCAGUGCCGUCAACGGUUUGCCCAGAGGAACGCACAGGACGCGGAGACAAGGGCAGCAGCAUCACGUCUCCUCCGUGUCUCAGGAUGGCUGUUUAGAGAACGGGCAAUUCUACAGUGUAAAUGACGAGUGGGAGCGUCAGUACUUGGGCAGCACGCUGAUUUGUACCUGCCACGGGGUUGCUGGCAUCAAGUGUAGAAGCAAACCAGAAGCAGAAGAGAGGUGCUACGAUAAGAUCAACCAGCAGUAUUACACAGUGGGAGAAACCUAUGAGAGACCCAAGGAUGGCAUGAUCUGGGACUGUACCUGUAUUGGAUCAGGAAGAGGCAAAAUCAGCUGCACGAUUGCAAACCGCUGUCACGAGGGCGGAGCUUCAUACAAGAUAGGAGACACCUGGAGGAGACCACAUGAAACAGGAGGAUACAUGUUGGAGUGUGUGUGUCUGGGAAAUGGCAAGGGAGAGUGGACAUGCAAGCCAGUCGCGGAGCGUUGCUAUGACAACACGGCGGGAACAUCAUAUGUUGUCGGGGAAAUGUGGGAGAAACCCUACCAGGGAUGGAUGGUGGUGGACUGCACUUGCCUCGGAGAGGGAAGCGGGCGCAUUACUUGCACGUCUAGAAAUCGCUGUAACGACCAGGACACCCUGACCUCUUACCGUAUUGGUGAUACGUGGACCAAAUCAGAUGCCCGGGGCCACCUGCUACAGUGUCUGUGUACUGGAAACGGCCGGGGGGAGUGGAAGUGUGAGAGACAUGCGUCACUUCACACCACUGGCCUGGGCACUGGCUCCCGUGUCGUCACCAACAUUCAGCCUGCCAUAUACCAGCCUGCUGUUGUGGCAAAGCUGCCCCAGGAUGGACCAUGCAAGACUGAGACCGGGCUGUCGUACCAUGUUGGCCACCGCUGGCUUAAAAACCAGGGAGCCAGUCAGAUGAUUUGUACUUGCCUUGGCAAUGGGGUCAGCUGCGAGCACUGGGAUGGACCCGCUCCUGUAUACGGUGGAAACUCCGGUGGUCAGCCCUGUGUGUUCCCCUUUGUUCACAAGGGGAAGACCUACCAUGCUUGUACUUCGGACGGACGCAGCGAUGGACAGCUGUGGUGCUCCACCUCCUCCGACUUUGAGACUGACCAGAAAUAUUCCUUCUGCACAGAGAAAAAUGCAAUUGUGGCCACCCGUGGUGGUAAUUCUAAUGGCGCUUUAUGCCAGUUCCCCUUCCUUUACAAUGGUCGAAACUACACUGACUGCACUCCAGAUGGCCGGAGAGACGGCAUGAAAUGGUGCGGGACUACAACAAACUAUGAUGCAGAGCAACGCUUUGGGUUCUGCCCCAUGGCUGCUCAUGAAGAAGUGUGUACAACGAGUGAAGGAGUGAUGUAUCGUGUUGGAGACCAGUGGGACAAACGUCACGAUGUUUUGGGCCAUAUGAUGCGAUGCACCUGUGUAGGAAAUGGACGUGGAGAAUGGAGCUGUGUUGCUUACUCCCAGCUUAAAGACCAGUGUAUUGUCGACAGUCUGACCUAUGAAGUGAACCAAACCUUCACCAAGCAACACGAGGAGGGCUACAUGAUGAACUGCACCUGCUUCGGUCAAGGCCGCGGACGCUGGAAGUGUGACGCCAUUGACCAGUGUCAGGAACCGGAGACGAGAGCUUUCUACCAGAUCGGGGAGUCGUGGGAUAAAGUCAUUCAUGGCAUCAUGUACAAGUGCUACUGCUAUGGCAACGGCAUCGGCGAGCUCAGCUGUGAGCCCCAGGAGUCGUACCCUGGUGGCCACCGUCCUGUCCAGGUGAUCAUUACAGAAUCUGGGAACCAGCCCAACUCCCACCCCAUCCAGUGGAAUGCCCCGCCCUCAGCACACAUCACUCAGUACAUUCUCAAGUGGAGAGCAAAAGAUUCUCACACACCUUGGCGGGAGGUGCAGAUUCCAGGACAUCUCAAUUCUUACACCAUAUCUGGACUGAAACCAGGCAUUACAUAUGAGGGUCAGCUGAUCAGUGUGCUGCGGUUUGGACGACGCGAGAUCACACGCUUUGACUUCACCACAAAUUAUGGCUCAUUGGCGACAUCACAGGGUGAAACAACCCCACCCACGCCUCUAGUGGAUACUUCCGAGUCUGUCACUGAAAUCACUUCCAGCAGCUUUGUCAUCUCCUGGGUGUCCGCAUCAGAUACAGUGUCUGGGUUUCGAGUGGAGUAUGAGCUAACAGAGCAGGGCCAAGGCACUGGUCAGCCCAUGGUUCUGGAUCUGCCACGCACAGCUUCAUCAGUGAACAUUAAUGAGCUUCUCCCUGGAAGAAAAUACACUGUUCAUGUAUAUGAAGUGACAGAUGCUGGACAGGACAAUCUUAUACUUUCCACAUCGCAAACUACUGCUCCAGAUGCUCCUGUUGAUCAUGAAGUUGAGGAAAUUGGGGAAACGUCCAUUGUGAUCAGCUGGGAAAAACCCCUGGCUCCCAUCACUGGCUAUCGAGUCAUUUACACUCCAUCAGUUGAAGGUGAAAGCACAGAGCUGACUCUUCCAGAUACUGCAACUUCCGUGACCCUGAGUGACCUCCGACCUGGAAAAAUGUACAACAUCAGCAUUUUUGCUGUGGAGGACAGUCUGGAGAGUGAACCAAUCUUUGUACAAGUCAACACUGCUGGAGAUCCACUUCCAGAAGAAGUGGCUUCUCCCACAGACCUGCAGUUUUUCGAGGUGUCGGAUAAAAAAAUUGUUCUGACAUGGACCGGGCCGACUGGUGAUGUCUCGGGUUACCGGGUCACGGUAAUUCCUGUUGAUGAUUCCGGAUCCCCUCAGAGGGAAAUGACUCUUCCUGUCGGUCAAAACUCCUACAUUGAGGUCACACACUUACAGCCUGGGACCAUGUACCGCUUCAGUGUUUACACUAUUCACAAUGGAGAGGAAAGUCUACCCUUGAUCGGGGAGCAGACUACCCAACCGGAUGCUCCAACAGAUAUUCACUUCACCAAUGUGACUGAGGACAGCGCUGUGGUGAUCUGGUUUGCUCCACGAGCCAAAAUUACUGGUUACCGGCUCUUCCUCACCAUAGAGGGCUCCAACCCAAAACAGCUGCGCCUCCCAGCACGUCUUUCUCAGUACACCCUCCUUAACCUGAAGCCAGAUUCUGAGUACACAGUUACUCUCCACUCAGAGCUGGAAAACACCCUGAGCCAUGGAGAAAGUGCAGUGUUCACUACGAACCCAUCCAUGGGCAGUGCUCCGCAUUUCAGCACUGAUGUGACCGACACUUCCAUUGUCAUCUCCUGGACUCCAGUGCCACAUAUUGGAUAUAAGCUGACAGUGCGGCCCAGUCAAGGCGGUGAGGCCCCCCGAGAUGUGACCUCUGAAUCAGGAAGCAUCUACAUAUCCGGUUUAACCCCUGGAGUGGAGUACACCUACAGCGUUCAACCAGUUGUUAAUGGCCACGAGCAGGGAACACCGAUCACACGCCGGGUCAUCACACCUUUGUCACCCCCCACUGAUCUCAACCUGGAGUCAAAUCCUGGAACAGGGGAGCUCACUGUCCAGUGGAAUGGAGCUAGCACACCAGAUAUCACUGGCUAUAGAGUGACUUGCACUCCCACCAAUGGCCAGCAAGGGAACAGCGUGGAGGAGUUUGUGAAGGCAGGUCAGAACUCCUGCACCCUGGACAACCUCAGCCCAGGAAUAGAGUACAACAUCAGUGUUGUUACGGUGAAGGACGACAUUGAGAGCGCCCCAGUGUCAACUGUUGUUACAUCAGAGAUCCCACAGCUGACGGAUCUUAGCUUUGAGGAUGUGAGUGACACAACCAUCAGUCUGCGUUGGUCACCUCUGAACAGCACAGCAGUAACCGGCUACAGGAUUACGGUGGUGGCAGCUGGGGAGAGCGUGCCCAUCUUUGAGGACAUAGUGUUGGCCACAGCAGGAGAAUUCACCGUGUAUGGCCUGGAACCUGGUAUCGACUAUGACAUUAGCGUCACCACUAUUACGGAGAACGGCGAGAGUGUUGCCACUGUUGUCACACAGCAAACCUCAGCUGUGGCCGCCCCCACUGAUCUCGGCUUUGGAGAUAUUGAAGCUGACAGCAUCAAGGUGACGUGGGUAUCUCCCCGUGUUCCCAAUGAUGCUAACAUCAACAAUUUCUUCAUUAGGUAUCAUCCCAUUGAUGAUGAAGAUGAGAUGACAGAAACAAGUGUUGACGGCGAUAGCAACCAUGUUGUUCUGCACCAUUUGCUCCCAAACACUGAGUAUCUAGUGAGCGUGGUGUGUGUUUAUGACCACAGAGAGAGCUCGCCUCUGGUUGGUUCCCAGAAAACAGCACUGGAUUCUCCAGUCGGCCUCAGUUUCUCUGAGAUCUUCACCAACUCUUUCACCAUCCGCUGGCUCGCCCCGCAGAGCAAAAUAACCGGCUACCGUAUCCGCUAUCAAAUGGCCAGUGGUGGGAGGUUCAAAGAUGAGAGGCUCCCCCCCUCGAGAAACCACUUUACGCUGACGGGUCUCACUCCAGACACUGACUAUGUGGUCAGCAUCUUUGCAGUUAGUGGGAGACAAGAAAGCCUUCCACUUACUGGGAACCAGAAGACAAUCUCUGAUGCCCCGACGGACCUGGAGGUCCUGGACUCCACUCCCACCAGUAUCACCAUCCGCUGGGAUGCUCCUCCUGUCACCGUACGCUACUACAGGAUCACCCAUGGAGAGACGGGUGGCCACAGUAACCCAAAAGAGUUCACAGUCCCCGGCUCUCAGUCCACUGCCACCAUUUCCAGCCUGAAGCCUGGAACUGACUACACCAUCACUGUGUACGCCGUUACUGGUCGAGGAGACAGUCCAGCAUCCAGCAUUCCCAUCUAUGUAACACACAAGACAGGCGUCGACUCUCCUUCUGAAAUGGAAGUGAUGAACGUAAAGGACAACAGCGUCACAGUGAGGUGGAGUCCAGCUCAAGGCCCCAUUACGGGAUAUAGAGUAACGGGGGUACCCAAAAAUGGACAGGGCUCGUCUUUUACUGAGGUGGUGGCACCAGACCAGACAGAGAUCACUUUCUCCGGACUGAUGCCCACUGUGGAGUAUGUUCUGAGUGUCUAUGCGCUGGGACAAGAUGAAGUCAGCCCCCCAAUGGUGGUCAGUGCUGUCACAAAUAUUGACCGUCCCAAAGACAUGGCUUUUACUGACGUGGACUCCACCUCUCUGCGGGUCACCUGGGACAGUCCAGAGGGCGUAGUCACCUCUUAUCGGGUGUUAUAUGCCAGUUCAGAGGAGGGAGAGCGGGAGCUGCGGCCAGCCCCACGGGGAAAUGCUGAGUCGGCAGUCAUCUACGGUCUGCAGCCUGGCACCGAGUACACAGUAAAGGUCAUCGCCCUGCACGAUGACACAGCCAGCAUCCCACUGGUUGGCACCCAAGCCACUGCAAUCUCCACCCCGACCAACUUACAGUUCUCUCAGGUUGGCCCAACUUCUUUCACCAUUCGCUGGGAGGUGCCGGGUCAAGAGAACAGACCCACUGUUCUGUCAGGCCUUACAGGCUACCGGGUCGUAGUGAAUCCCAAGAACAAGAGCGGACCAGCUAAAGAACUUCACGUGGCUCCUGAUGCUCUUCAGGCUCACAUCUCUGGACUCAUGGUUGGAACCACGUAUGAGGUUCAGGUCUAUGCCAUGAAAAACACACUGACCAGCAGAGCGGUCCAAGGAGAAGUCUCUACACUGGAGAAUAUCAGCCCUCCUCGUCGCGUGCGAAUUUCUGACGUCAAUGACUCAUCAAUAACGCUGACCUGGCGUUCCAAGACAGAAGUCAUCACAGGCUUCCUGAUUGAGGCCACGCCCACUUCCUCCUCAAGCUUCAGCCCAAUUCAGCGCAUCAUCGGCCCAGACGCUCGCUCUUUCACCAUCACCGGUCUGGAGCCUGGCACCAACUACAAAAUCAACAUGUACACACUCAAAGGAAAUGGACGCAGCGUCCCUCUGACUCUCACUGCAUCCACAGCCAAACCAUUAGUUAUCCCACCCACCAACAUACAGUUCACCUCCCUAAACCCUGACAGCAUCUCCUUCACCUGGGAGCCAUCCCGCAGCCCCGCAGUCACAGGAUACUACGUGACAUUUGAGGAAGCAGGGGGCUUACCUCGUGAGGUCACCCCGAGACCCCACGCAAGACAGAACUAUGCCAUCAUCACAGGUCUGAAAGCAGGAACUGAGUACGUCAUUAAAAUUGUGGCUCUGCAGAACGCUUUAAGAAGCACGCCCCUGGUGGGCAAAGCCAGAACUCAGCCUUCCAUUGACCACCAGCUGGUGGUGCCAGAGUUGCCUCAGCUUCCGCUCCCUCACCGUCCCACCUCUGACAUUUUGGAUGUCCCAGAGACCAUCAGUGACAAGAUCUUUGACUCAAAUCAAGUCCAUUUGGCUGGUACCGGUGGGCAGUCAGGACCGGGCCAGCAGGGGCAGCACAUCUACACCGAGUACCAGAGUCUUGGGCCUAAUAACGGACUUUUUGGUGGACCCAAAGAAGGACAGAGACCCACGCUCAAAGAGCCCCUGGUCUACAUUCCCGUAGCAGGUCCAGAUGGAAAUAGAGUUCCCCUGGUCAAGGUAAGCGACACCCCUCUGCCUGGUCUGGCCUUUGGAUUCCCCGAGAACGAGACCGAGCUGCCACAGGAGGCCCACACCAUCACAACGAUCUCCUGGCAGCCCAUUCCUCUCACCACUGAGUACGAGGUCUCAUGCAAUCCUAUCACAGUCCAUGAGGAAAGAGGCUUCCAGAUGCGUCUGCCGGGCUCUUCUAGCAGCGCCACACUCAUCGGCCUGACAUCUGGAGCCUCUUACAAUGUUGUUGUGGAGGCAAUGAGAGGAGGAGCCAAAGAGAAAGUUUUGGAGGAAGUUGUUACUGUCGGCAAUGCUGUCCCAGGUGAAAUCCCUGCUCUGGCCAACCGCGAUGUGUGCUACGACACGUUCACACACACCUACCACGAGGUUGGCGCCGAGUGGGGUCGUAUGUCCGAAACCGGCUUCAAGCUGUGGUGCCGCUGCCUGGGCCUGGGCAGCGGUCACUUCAGGUGUGAUUCAUCCAAGUGGUGCCAUGACAACGGGAACAACUAUCACAUUGGAGAGAAGUGGGACCGCCAGGCUGAGAACGGGCACAUGAUGAGCUGCACCUGUCUGGGCAAUGGAAAGGGAGAAUUCAAAUGUGAACCCCAUGAGUCGACAUGUUACGAUGAUGGCAAGAUGUAUCACGUGGGAAACCAGUGGCAGAAGGAGUACCUUGGCGCAAUUUGUACCUGUACCUGCUAUGGAGGACAACAGGGCUGGCGCUGUGAGAACUGCAAGCGGCCAGGAGGGCAGACAGACGUGGAAGCUGACCUCCUCCAACCUGUCCACACUGAUGCCUUCGAUCGCUACAGGGAAAAUGCUCUACGCAAGCUGAACAUCCAGUGUCCAAUCGAGUGUUUAAGGCCGGAGUUGCUGGCAGAUGCCAUCAGCCCCACAGAUUAGAGAAGAAUGAUGAUGAAGAAACGAACCCCUCCUCACAGAGACGCCGCUGCUUCACGGAACACGAUUCCUAAACUAUGACUUUAAUGCCAGCAAGACCAGAAGACCAGAGUGCCCUUAUCACACUUGUGCCUUUGUAAAGUCUCCAGCUGUCAUGUUGACAGUUUCCCAGCUUCAAGUGUCAGUCUGGAUGCAUUUUUUUGCUUUCAAACUCGUAGAUGUUUGGUUUGUUUUCCAUAAUUUCUCUGAUCAGAAUGUCUAACAUAAAAGAUUUCAAUUGAUCCCCAGACAGUUCCACACAUAGAAUUACAGUUUUGUUUUUAUUAGCUGUGGCUGCUUGUUCUGACUCAUUUAAUCAGAUUUUUUUAAAACUUUAUUGUAGGAAGGUCAGGAAGUUGUGUAUUGUCUGUGGUAUUCCAGAAUAUGUUGAAAAGAAAAAGCACUGCUACGUUGGUCUUGGCACCAAACGGUGUCUCUCUAUUGUACAUACAGACUGUUCACCAUGUAAAUUUUGUUUUUUUUUCUGUUUUUUUGUCAUUUCACAUCCAAAACAUGGAAGUUGACCAAAAAGAUUCAACCAAAACCAAAUUAUUAUACUUAAUCUGCAGUGCUUACUCAUGCUAUGUACUUUAACAACUGAAAUGUUUCUUUUUAUUUAUCCCUUUUUUUAAUAAGACCAUUUGUUUAGUGAUACUUUGGAGGUGUACACUUUGUUUGAAUAAUUUGUUUUAAUGGAUGGUGCAAAACUGAACUACUGUGGAAUGAAUCUUUUUAAUAA